ACACUUUAGAUUUUCAGUACUGGAUAUUAAAAUAUUGGAACGCAGUUUAUACCAAGUUUAAAUUUUUCUUACUUAUGUAUCUAAUAAAUGAAGCUGUCGCUCAGAAGAGUUUGAUAGAAAUCAAACUGCUUGGUGCUGCUCUGCGUGAACUUCCACUGAUGGAAAGCAAUGUAACACUGCAACAUAAUACAAAAACAGAUGUGCGCAUAUUUCUUGACGGAGCAAAGAAUGGAGCCAUCGUAAUAUCGUUAGGAACGAAUAUGAAAUGGAAACAUCUCAAUUUAAACACGGUUAAAACUGUUAUACUGGCUCUGUCGAAACUGAAGCAACGAGUGCUGUGGAAGCUAGAUAUUAAAGUGGCAUUUGAGAUACCGGAAAAUGUAAUGGUUAUAAAAUGGAUGCUUCAAAGCGAAGUUUUAUCACAACUAUACUUCGUCCAACGAGAGAUUGAGAGUGGUUGUGGUCUGCGCAUAGGCGGGCAAAGUGGAGGGUAA